AGUAGAAAAUCAACAUUUCCCAGAAAGCUGGAAAUUCGUCGAGGAAUUUCUAUAAACUAGAAAAUCCCCGGCGAUUUUUCGGUUGAUUUUCUAUAAACUAGAAAUUAAUUCAAGAUUACAGUGUACACGUGUUUUAUUCCUUUCUUCUGAUGUCUGUUCUCUUCCGAAUGUAUCCUAAUGCCAUAUAUGCGAGAUAAAGAUAAAGAUAAAUACGCUAAAGGUACUUAGACUAUAACGACCAUUCCGUAUGCAAAAUUUUGUUGAUAAGUCGCUGCUGUCUGUGUUUAUUUCAAUCAAAUUCUCUGUAAACUAGCGUGAGAGUUCUAUUGUAAUUUCCUUGAAUUGCUCAUAAUUAAUGAGCAUAUGUAAGAAUACUGAGUAAAUUCAUUUCCACAAUAUGUGUAAAAUUACAUCAAAAUAUUUAAGAUCAUAGAUCUUGGGCUGUUGAGAUGCAAAUUUCACAUACGUUGUAGGUAAUAACAUGACGAAUACCUUUUACCUGAAGAAUUUGUCAGAUUCUGACAAGCAUCAGACGUUUUUUUCAGAAAACUCCAUGUGUUUGAAUGGACCGGCCAGAAUUACCCCAAGAAAAAUAGCUAACAGGUCGGAAUUACCCCAAUCAAGAAAUGAAAAAAUCAGAAAUCUAACCACGUCUUAUCGUAUUUUAAUUAACUUGAUUAGAUUAGGUGCUGAUAAUGUCAAAUUCGUAUGGAAGAGUUUCAAACUGGUGUAAUUUCUACUUGAUUGGGACUUAUCGUUAAUUAUCCCAGAGAUGGGCACUCCAGUAUAGUUGAGUACAAAAUCUUCAGUACUCUUACUCUUACUCGUGACUUUUCUUUACGAGUACUUAAAAAUAUAGUAUUCGAGUAUUUUCGAGUACUUGAAAUUUUUCACUAAUAUGUAAUGCUGUACAAAGAAUUUUUGGCCUUCCGAAUUUUGUAUCUUCUUCAGACAUUAAAAAUUUAAGACAAAUGACUUAACAUACAAUAACCUAUAAAUAAAAUAAGAACAAAUCAGGCUAUUUCCUUCUACUUUUAUGUGUAUAUUAUUAUAAUUAUUUCCUUAUCUUGAAAAUCCAUCUAAAAGAAUAUUAAAUAUAAAUUCAACUGUAUCAGAAGAACUAGCAAAUUUUAGUAAAGAACAGAGCAUGGACAAUGAUCUUAUUUUAACGAAACAUGAAUCAUAUCCUCAUCUAUCAAAAUUAGCUCUAAAAUAUUUUACUGUCCCUGCGACUGCGAGAUGGAUAACAACGGAGAAUGAUUUACCAUUGUAUUUUCCAAUCGAACGUUUUUUACAAAAUAAUCAAUAUCACUCGCGUGACGACAAAAUGAUGUCUGGCGUACCUGAUGAUCAACAAGACCAAUCAAAUCCUGGUGAUGGACGAAUAAAUUAUCCUAUGAAGUAUGGUUCAUUAAAAUUUAAAAAGUCGUCAAUAACAAAAGGAGAUCCGAGAGAAUUUAUGGGAUAA